AUGACUAUACGUGUCCUAAACAAUUUAACAGCUUACCAGAAUUGGUUUCACCGUAGACACUUUGCUCUAUAUGUUACCAUUCCUGUGAUCGUUUUUCUGGUGUUCAUCGGUCAGCCCAAAUUUAUUUUCCGACCUCACCUACACAUACCUUGGCUCGCUGAUGUACGACACGUGCUACCACUCCAGUGUAUUUCUGAUGUUGAUCAACCUGAUUGGCCACGUGCAGUGCAAUCCGCCGAAAAAUCUCUACCAGAUAAUUAUCUCACCAUUAUCAUUGUCACAACACGAUGCGAUUUCAAACGACUACCACUUACACUGGCUUCACUCGUAUGCCAUCUUGAUUAUCGGCAAGUUAGCGAGAUUAUCUUGCUCAUUCCUCGUCCACAUGUACCAUUUCUUGAGCCAUUUCUUACCGGUCAAGCUGCUAAACAUUGGCCAUGGCCUAUAUCGAUCAUGCCCGAUGAUAAUCUCUUGAAACAUUCGCAUACACAUUCAUAUCGUCUUCAAAUGAUGUUCAAAUUAGUAGUUGCUCAAGUAAUGAAAACCGAAUAUUACAUGAUACUUGAUUCGGAUUGUGUUGCUCUCUGGCCUAUUCAUGUUAAACAAUUGUUGUGGCAACAGCAAGUAUCAACUUCGAAGAUGAAGAAUAAUACACCAUCGCAUCAAGCUUUGUAUCAACUUGAAGAAAGAUCAGAUCAUCCUGAAUGGUGGCCUGAAAGUGAACAGGUGCUACGAAUCGAACAGAACUCAUGCGCCACAAAUGAUCCAUCGGCAAAAGCCAUAGGUGUUACACCAGCUAUUCUAUCGAAAUCGAUCGCAUUGAUGGCUUUGUGUCGAUUGCAGACACUUUACGGUAAAUCACUUGAUGCAACGACAACACACUCAACAGGUUCUACAAAUUCUAAAUCAGAUGGUAAUACGGUUCGUGGAGAACAGUAA